UUAUCCAUAAAUGGGAUGCGGGAGAGGCAGCAUUCCACAUGGGUAAUAUUUUGCUUUUCAUCAGCUGGUUUCUCCCAGGCGGGUAGAGGCUCAUCUACCGCCGCGUCGCGCUCGUGUAUUCUCCUGGGGUUUGAUUUCUUGAAGUUGCCAAACAUGGCUGCAGUCAUUAUCAGACACAAGCAUUUUGAUCAAGAAUACCUCACUACAGAGUCUAAAUGUAUUGCUCGAGAGUACUCUAGCUCUGUGGCUGAAGAGGUGAAAUAUCAGUACCAAACACAGAAGAGAGUCCACCAAGUGGUCGAGAGGAAGAUGCCUGAGAAAUACAUUCGGGAGGAGUCCAUGAUCCGGGGCCCUGCAUUUGUGGUUAGACUGAGGUCCCACACAGUGUUCGAAAAGAGCGCCAUUAAACUUUUCUGCACCGUAGAGGGAUAUCCCACCCCACAUGUCAAAUGGUUCAAGGAUGAUGUCAUCUUGGACGUUUCCUCUGGAAAGUACUUUGUGGAGAGUAAUGCUGGAUUCCACUCUCUCACCAUCCUCAAAUGUGCAACUGAUGACACUGCAAUGUACACGGCUGUAGCCUCAAACUCGCAUGGACAGGCUUCCUCCCAGGCCUCCAUCAUUGUGAAGAGGUGCAGAGAGGAAGAGAAGUCUACUCCCUAUUCCUGGAUGCCUUACCAGUAUGCCAUUUUACCUGAAAUCAAGUACACAAAGAUUAACAUCACCUUCCUUGAGACGUUUGAUGUGACUUUUGGAAAAGAAGGCGAUAAGGUCACCCUGAGCUGCAAGAUGACCAUUAGCCCCAAUCUGGCUAAUCUGCAGCCUGAAGCGCUGUGGUAUCGAGAUGAGCAUCUCCUGAAAGAAUCGAAGUGGGUGAAAAUGGAGUCUGGGGGAGGUGUCGCCAAGCUCACGCUUACUCAACUCGCUAAGGAUGAUGAGGGUCUUUACACCCUCCGCAUGAUGACCAAGGGAGGCGAUGCGGUCCACAGGGCUUAUGUCUACGUUGAUGAUGGUCCACCUCCAGUCCCACGAGCUCCUGGAGCACCAAUGGACAUCAAAAUCCAUGACGCUAACAGAGAUUAUGUCAUCGUGUCCUGGAAACCUCCUAACACCACCACUGAAGGCCCUAUCAUUGGAUAUUUUGUUGACAGAUGUGAAGUUGGAACAGAAAACUGGGUGCAGUGUAACGACUCUCCUGUUAAGAUCUGCAAAUAUCCUGUGCAGGGCCUGUUUGAAGGACACUCUUAUUAUUUUCGCGUACGUGCUGUCAACUCGCAUGGUAUCGGCAAACCAUCCAGAAUGUCUGAGCCCAUUGCUGCUCUGGACCCCACAGAGUUCGAAAGACUACAUGCCACAAAACUCGGUGGGAGACUUGACGUUGUGACUUACUAUGAUGACCUUGAAGCUGAGGGAAAAGCUCCAGGACCUCCCUCUAAAGUCUGCGCUUCAGAGACCGACCGAACAUAUGUUGUGCUCAGUUGGGUCUCUCCAGUCUACCAUAGCAAAGCCCCCAUGUGGUAUUACAUUGAGAAGCUUCAGGUCGGAGCAGGAUCUUGGCAGAGAGUGAACACUAAAGUGCCCAUCAGAUCCCCUCGCUAUGCUGUCUUCGACCUGUCUGAAGGAAAGGACUAUCUCUUCCGUGUUCUGUCUGCUAAUAUAUAUGGCAUCAGUGAACCCUCGGAGCCCACCAGCACUAUAACUACCUUGCAACUAAAGGGUGUGCCCUCGGCUCCCGGACAAGUCGUCGCAACCAGGGAAACAGACACCUCUGUUCUAAUCCAGUGGGCUCCUCCGAAGGAUCCCAAUAACCUGAUUGGAUAUUACAUCGAUUCUUGUGUCAAAGGUUCUAAGGACUGGGCAUCGGCUAAUCACAAGCCCCAUAAGCACACAAGGUUUGUUGUGCAUGGCCUGACCACCGGUGAGUCGUAUGUUUUCCGCGUACAAGCCAUCAACGAGCUGGGCCUCAGUGACGAAUCCCAGGAAUCAGCCCCUCUUUCUGUGAGAGCUGCUCUUAAGUUGCCCUCUUCCCCUUAUGACAUCUCUCUUCUGUAUUGUGACGGGGAAUCCAUGGUGCUCAACUGGAAGCAGCCCAUCCAUUCUGGAGGAGCAGAGGUCACCGAUUAUUACAUUGACAAAUGCAACGUGGCCAAGAAGACGUGGAAGGAGGUCAACAUCCCGCCUGUUAAGGAAAGACUGCACAAGGUUGGAGGUCUGACUGCUGGCUCAGUGUAUCAGUUUAGGGUCUAUGGUGCUAAUGUGGUUGGAGUUGGUGAUCCCUCGACCGCUAGCCCUUCCUUCAGAUGUGACGCUUGGACCAUGUCUGAACCCGGCAUCCAGGAAAUCCAGUGUGGCGUCGAUGAGCAAUCAGGUGACAUUUACCUCUCUUUUGAGAGCUGCCAAAUGAUGGAGAAAUCAAAGUUUGUGUGGAAAAAGUCCUACCAAGAAAUCACUGACUUCUCAAAGGGAAUAGCCGUCAAGACAUCAGGCAGCAACUCGACUUUGCUUUUCAAGAACCCAGACAAAGAGGAUUUGGGCACAUUCUCUGUGUCUGUUACACAUACUGAUGGUGUGUCCGCCAGCUACAAGAUUUCAGCUGAAGAGCUGGAGAAGAUGUUGGCCAUAAGCUAUGACAUACGCAAUCCAAUUAUUCCUCUGAAGACUGAGCUGGCCUAUAAGAUUCUAGAGAGAGGCCGUAUGCGCUUUUGGCUGCAAGCUGAGGGCAUCUCCUCAUCUGUGACCUACAAAUUCUUUGCCAAUAACAAGGAGCUUGUCAACUGCGAGCAAACUAAAAUGAGUCACGACGCAGCUACAGGCAUUAUUGAGAUGGUGAUGGAUCAUUUCACUGACGACAGCGAGGGCACUUUCACCGUGCAGAUCCAAGAUGGCAGAGCCAAGGCCCAGUCCUCUCUCGUGCUUAUCGGAGAUGCCUUCAAGGCAGCGUUGGCUGAGGCAGACUACCAAAGGAGGGAGUACAUUCGUGUAAAAGAGGGCCCUCACUUUACCGAGUUCCUCUCUGUUCAAAUUGGGGACAAUGCCUCUGUCACUCUUAUUUGCAAGGUGGCCAAUUUGAAGAAGGAGUCUGCGUUCCAUUGGUAUAAGGACGAUGUAGAGGUGAUUCCCGAGGUGCCUGCUGACUUGACCUCAGGAGUCUGCAAGUUCCCUCUAACUAAUUUCUCCAAGAACGAUGUAGGACUUUAUAAAGCAACCAUCACUGAUGACAGAGGCCAAGAUGUGUCACAGAUCGAUGUUUCUGGCAAAGCUUUUGAUGAUAUCAUUAACGAACUCAGCCGUAUCUGUGGAUCCAGUGCCUCCGAGUUGUCGAUUCAGUGCACUGCGGAGGGCAUUAUGCUUCAGUGCCAUAUGAAAUAUUACACAGAGGAGAUGAAGAUCCAUUGGAAACAAAAGGAAGCUAAAAUCAGUGCAUCAGAAAGAAUGCGAAUUGGUGGCAACCCAGCAAUGGCAACCCUGGAAGUAGUCGAACCUACUGAUAAAGAUAAAGGCAUGUACACGUUUGAGAUUGUGGAUGCUGAGAAAACCCACACUCGUACCCUGGAUCUUUCUGGACAACUCUACGACAACGCCUAUGCAGAAUUCCAGAGACUCAAAGCGGAAGCAUAUGCUGAAAAGAAUCGUGGCAAAGUGGUUGGCGGUCUUCCUGAUGUUGUGACUAUCAUGGAAAAGAAGACUCUGAGUCUGACCUGCACUGUCUGCGGUGAUCCCAAACCUCAGGUCAGCUGGUCUAAGAACGAUCAAGAAGUAGAGCCCAGCGAUCAGUACGUCAUUGCCUUGGACUCUGGAAAGUUUGCCAGCCUCACUAUCAAAGGGGUGUCCAUGGAGGACUCUGGCAAGUAUACCAUGACCGUGCAAAACAGGUUCGGCGGUGAAACAGUGGACAUCAUCGUCAGCGUGUACAAACAUGGAGACAAGAUUCCAGACAUCAAACCGACCCCUUCCUCCAAGAGGAUCUUGCCUCCCACUGGCCCGAUUGUAAUUCCUACCACCAAAGCUGCCACCCCUACCCCUGCCCCUGCCGGGGGCAAGUCUCCAGCUCCUCCCCAAAGUAACAAAUCCUCUGCCCCACCUCGUGGCAUGAAGUCCCCCACUCCCCCCAGAAAGAAGUAACCUUACAACUCUUUCCACUUGUUUGCCCCCUACAGCACAUUAAUGUGCUGAUUUGCAGUUCUAUUAGGAAAUAUCAGUGUUUGCAAGACAGCGAAAGAAGUUUGGGCUUAGAUUUUGGUUUAAUGUAUAAAUAAAUACUGCCUUUCCCCCAUCAUGAAACUCAAAA